AUGUUGGUAACCAGCAACAUCACCACAGAUGUAAUUAUAGCAAUCUCAACGAUUGCCAUCAUCAUCUAUUUCUAUGUGAAACACCAGUAUUCGUAUUGGAAGAGGUUGGGCGUGCCACAAUUGAAGCCGACAUUUCCUUUAGGAAACUACCCUUUCACCCUGCCGAAGGGCCUGCAAAUAGGAGCUUACACACGCCGUUAUUAUGAGGCUUUUAAAAAACUGGGAGCUCCCUACGGAGGCGUUUACAUUGGUUUGACUCCAACUCUGGUGAUUACUGACGCUGAUGUCGCCAAAACUAUAUUGGUAAACGAUUUCAAUAACUUCACCGACAGGAAUAUGUACAGCAGCAAACAUCAGCCUGUAUCGGUGAACCUUCUAUCGCAAACAGGAAAAGAGUGGAAGGCUGCUAGGGCAAAGUUUACCAGUUUAUUUACGACUGCCAAAUUAAGGUCUUUCAUUAAUUUUGCCGCUACAUGUAAGCAGGACUUGGUCGCUUAUCUGGAUGAAUUCGCCGAUGGGAAGAAGGAUGUGGCUAUUCGUCGAGUCACUGGUUUAUACGUAGCAGAUGUCACAACUAUGAUACUCUUCGGCUUCCACGCCCACAAUUUCAAAAGCGAAAAUAAGGAGAUCAACAGCUUCGGAAGGGCGGUAUUCGAAUCGUUUACGCCGCUGUACCAACUGAAGCUGCUGUUGACCCAUUGCUAUCCGAAAUUGGCGCGAUUUCUGGGCGUCGGUAACGUGAACAAGGAAGUCGAGGAUUUCGGGAACGUUUACAUACCCAAUGCGGUGGAGUACAGAAUAAAGAACAAUAUACGAGGAAUUGAUUUCUUGCAGUUGUUAAUUGACGCCAAAAAGGCUGGAGUGGAAUUGACCAUGGACGAAAUGGUCUCGCAAUCUUUCAUAUUUGCGGCUGGUGGACUGGAAACUUCUGCGAGCACUUCAAUGGUUAUGUUAUACGAGCUGGCCAAGCAUAAAGAGUGCCAAACGAAAGUUCGCGAGGAAAUUUACCGUAUUAGAGAAAAAUACGAAGGAAAGACAACGUACGAUUCGCUGAUGGAACACACUUACCUUCAACAAGUCCUAAACGAGGUUCUAAGGAUAUAUCCUUUCGUAACCAACCUAUAUCGGAUAUGCGUUCAGGACUACAACAUUCCCGGAAGAGAUUUGGUCAUUGAAAAGGGCACACCGCUUCUUAUACCUUUGGUUGGUUUUCACAGAGAUCCAGAUUAUUUUCCAGAGCCCUUGAAAUUCGAUCCUAGCAGAUUCGAUGAUAAAAAUGACAAACAGAAGGGAUACCUUCCAUUCGGGGCGGGACCCCGCAAUUGUGUCGCUGCAAGAUUGGGAAUGAUCCAAAGCAAUCUGACUGUAGUCGCAGUCAUCGAAAAUUACGAAAUUUCGCUAAGUCCGAAGACUCCAGACACACUGGAAAUGUGUGAAAAUUCAUUUACUCUUAGCUUCAAAAAUGAAAUUUUUCUUAAUUUUAAGAAAAUUCAAAAUUGA